AUGAAGGCGGAAAUGGGAGCCACUGUGCUUGACGAAGCCACGAACAAACGCCUCUUCUGGAAAAUCACUCGCCGGAUCCUGGUCAUUCAAGUCAUCACCUAUUUCUGCCAGUCUCUCGACAAGGGCAUCCUCAACUAUGCUUCGAUCAUGGGAAUCAAGGCCGAUGCACAUUUAGUUGGACAACAAUACUCAUGGCUGGGGUCAAUCCUUUACAUAGGCAUUCUCAUCGGCGAGUAUCCACAGAAUAUCCUGUUGCAGAAGCUUCCCUUAGCAAAGACCCUCGCCGUCAAUGUGUUCAUCUGGGGUGCUAUAGUGUCCUGCUCGGCGGCCGCCACCCGAUUUGUCCCUUUGAUGGUGGUGCGAUUCCUGCUGGGAUUCUUCGAAAGCUGUAUCCAGCCGGCGAUGAUGUUGUUAACAUCCAUGUGGUAUCGACGGGAAGAGCAGUACAUGCUGAAUUCCAUUUGGUAUUGUAUGAGUGGAGUGCAACUGAUGAUAGGAGGACUGCUUGCCUUUGGAGUCUCCCACUUCACCGACGGGGUCAUCCGGAACUGGCAGCUCUUGUUUGUCGUUCUGGGCUGUGCCACAUGUGUGUGGUCGGUGUUCAUCGGCAUCCUCCUGCCCGACACCCCAUAUUCAGCCAAAUGCUUCACGGAGACAGAGAAGAUCCUCAUGAUCGAGCGCGUGCGGGAGAACGAAACGGGGAUCGCCAAUCGGGAGUAUAAGAGGUACCAAGUGGUCGAGGCGCUCACGGAUCCAUUCGUGUGGUGCUGCGUCCUCCUCAUCACGGUGGCCAACCUGGUCAUCGGCGGCCUGGGCGUCUUCUCGAACCUGAUAAUCGAGCAAUUCGGAUUCACCCUCCUCCAGACGCAGCUUCUGAACAUCGCGCAGGGGGCGUGGACGAUCGGAAUCAUGGUCGGAUCAGCCUGGACAUCCCAGCGAAGCAAGCAAACCUGCGUCGUGAUGAUCCUAUGGACCAUCCCCGCCAUCGUCGGCACAAUCAUCAUCCUCGUCGUGACCCCUUCCCCCUCCAAUGCAGGCGGCAUGCUCAUCGCCUUCUACUGCACGCAGUUCUUCCUCGCCGAGGGUAACCUCAUCAUCUCCCUGGUGACCUGCAACAUCGCGGGGCAGACGAAGAAGGGCAUCACGAUGACAAUGGUCUUCAUCGGCUGGGCGGUGGGGAAUCUCAUCGCACCGCAGAUCUUCCAGGAGUCGGACGCCCCGCGGUAUCUGCGCGGAUUCCUGGUGCACAUUGUGAUUUACGGCGUGUAUCUGUGUCUGGUGGUUCUAACGCGGGUGGUGCUGAUGGCGAGGAAUCGCGCCAAGAUGCAGCCAGGGGCAGCGGUGAAUCAUGAGUUGGCGUUUGAGGAUCUGACGGAUCGGGAGAAUCCUAAUUUUCGCUAUGUGUAUUAG